AUGGCUUCACCCAAAUCGGACAGCCCAGGCGGAAGUCCUCGCGAUGGCGUGAACAAGCAGAAUAUUUCAGCCGGCAGUUCUCCUGCUGAAGGCCCUAUUGUCGCACAGGAGGAAAAUGAAGGAGAUACCAGCGACUCAGCGUUUGGAGAUGAUGUAGAAAGCUCCACUGCCUCCAUCUCGUCGAGCAUCCUUGAAUAUCGCAGAUUCCAAGGACGAACCUUUCAUAGCGAGAGGUACAAUACGGAGUACUUUACACCCAACGAUGAGCAGCAGAGAGAUUCAAUUGACAUCACACACCAUGUUCUGACACUGCUACUUGAUGGAAAAUUGACGCUUGUCCCUUUUAAAGAUGAUAUUCAGGUUGGCGGUCCCUUUAGUCGCCGAAACACAUCCAGAGACACUGACAAACCAAAGCGAGUACUUGAUGUUGGUACUGGAACUGGGAUUUGGGCAAUUGACUUUGCCGAUGAACACCCCAACGCCGAGGUCAUCGGAACAGACCUCUCUCCCAUUCAACCAAGCUGGGUCCCGCCAAACGUCAAGUUCGAGCUCGAAGACGCAACAAAAGACUGGAGCUGGCCUGAGAAUCAUUUCGAUCUCGUGCAUGUCCGUUUCCUCAUGGGCGCGAUAGCAGACUGGGGAACACUGUUCAAAGAGGCUUCUCACUGUUGUAUUUCAGGUGGUUUUGUUGAGUCUGGAGAGAUCAACCCAACCUUCUUCUCGGAUGACGGUAGUAUUGACGGCGUUGAGGCUCUUCAGACUUGGAAUCAACUGGUGGUUGUGAGUGGUAAGGGCUUUGGAAGAAGUUUCACUAAUAUUGAGAAUGACGUUCAACUAUUUCGUGAUGCUGGUUUGGUAGAUGUGCGAAGCUUUGACUUCAAAGUUCCCAUCGGCGGAUGGCCGAAAGACGAAAAAAUGCGAAAGGUCGGCCAGUUCCUCCGAGCUUCCAUAGAGAAUGACCUCGAAGGAUACACGAUGAUGGUUUGGCACCAGGUCAUGAACUGGCCCGAGGAUGAAUAUCAGGUAUUCUUGAUGAACAUGAGAAAGGCAUUCAAGGAUAAGAGAGUUCAUGGCUACAUGCGUGUUCGAUAUGUCUAUGGCCAGAAGCCAGAUACGGAGAAAUAG